GUGUAAUUUGACUGUGAAGCUGCGCGGACGGAGAUGUCGGUGUUGUUUUUGUCGGUUGCAGCAGCAGUUUGGUUUUAUGUCGCCGUUUAUUAUGUUUUCUUCAGAAGCUCGAGAUGUUGCAGUUCCGCUCAGCUGAACGGGAGGACUGUGAUUGUCACAGGAAGCAACACUGGAAUUGGCAAAGCCACGGCUCUAGAUCUGGCCCAGCGAGGUGCCCGGGUCAUCCUGGCGUGUCGCAACAAGGAGAAAGCCGAGGCCGCUGCGUUUGACAUCCGCAGAACGGGGAACAGCCAGGUGGUGUUCAUGCACUUGGACCUGGCGAGUUUAAAGUCAGUCCGCUGCUUCGCUGAAACCUUCCUGAACUCUGAACCCAGACUGGACGUCCUCGUCAACAAUGCAGGCGUGAUGGCGUCGGGCCACACCGACGACGGCUUCGGGAUGACUUUUGGCGUGAACCAUCUGGGUCACUUCCUCCUGACAAACCUCCUCCUGGAUCGACUGCGGCAGUGCGGCCGGAGCCGCGUGGUCACAGUAACGGCGCUGCUGCAUCACCUCGGCACGGUCGACUUCCCUCUGCUGGACGCCACAAAGGACCUGGUGUCAGGUCAGACCACCAGGGAUGUGUUCCGCGCCUACUGCAACAGCAAACUCUGCAACGUGCUGUUCACCCGGGAGCUCGCCAACCGGCUGGAGGGCAGCGGCGUCACCUGCUACAGCCUCCACCCAGGAGUCGUCUACACAGAGCUGUGUCGGAACAUCAGCUGGUGGCAGCGGCUUCUACUGACGCCUGUCGCCCGGCUCUUCUUCCUGGACCCUGAGGCGGGUUCGCAGACUGUCCUGCACUGUGUCCUGCAGCAAGGCAUCGAGCAUCUCAGUGGACGCUGUUUCUCAAACUGUACCUUGUUGGAGGUGGGCGCCAAAGGUCGUGACGAUGCUUUGGCCAAGAAACUGUGGGAAGUGAGUGAGAGGUUAACCGGAAUAUCGUAAAAUAAAAGUGUAAUGUCUGAAUUCACAUUGCCUGCUGUUGGAAGCUGCAGAAAAACACUCAAAUACGGCAGGGUGCAAAAGGCGUCGCGAGAGCAAGUCACUGAAAUAUGGCAAGGCAGAGGAGUCACACAGGCUCGUCACCGGAAACCGGCAGGGUUCAAAAGUCGUUGCGACCGCUAGUCAACGAAAAACGACAGGGGGUAAAAGGUGUCGGUCACCAAAAACAAGACUACGGGACAAAGGUGUGGAGUUUGUUCUUAGAAAAUCUUUCUGUAUUUACAGGUUUGAACAGAUGAGCAGGUACAGACAGAGUGCUUAUAUACAGAGCAGCACAAGAUGUUAAAAUGAGUGCUAAAACACGGUAUUUACAGCUGGACUACAGCUGAAAGUACAGACUAAGAACAUUUUUUAAUCACAAAACCUCUGUUGCUCUACACAGUAUCACAAAUUCCAUGAACUGUACAGUUAAAAACCAAAAAAUGGUAAAUCUACAUGAAAUCCAAUGUUUCUCCAACUGAGAGGCACUGAAUCAUAAUUUACAUAAUAUACAUAGUGUAUAAGCAUGUAUGUUCUCAUACAUAUAUAGCUACCUGUGGUGCAAAA